AUUUAAUUCUUCAAUUCCCCCAAAUAUGUACUCGAUCUAUAUAAAUCCCUCCGUCAAUUCUUUUCCUCUCAUAUCGAUCAGUCAAACUAACCUAGCUAUACACAAUGUUUGGAAAAAGUAACCGCCACGGCGACGUCCGGCUGACCGGCUCCUCAUUAGCCGCCAUUCUCAUUGCUGCGGUGGUGGCCGCCGCCGUAUCUGCGCCGGGGGCGGAGGCUGCUCGGGCCUUCUUUGUGUUUGGCGACUCGCUGGUGGACAAUGGGAACAACAACUACCUGGCGACCUCCGCCAGGGCUGACUCUCCGCCGUACGGCAUUGACUAUCCCACUCACCGUCCCACCGGCCGCUUUUCCAACGGCCGCAAUAUCCCUGAUUUUAUCAGCGAAGCUAUAGGUUCGGAGCCGACUUUGGCUUACUUGGACCCCGCACUAACUGGCGAAAAGUUAUUGGUUGGUGCAAAUUUUGCUUCUGCUGGUAUCGGAAUUCUCAACGACACCGGCAUUCAGUUUGUAAACAUAAUAAGGAUAGCACAACAAAUCCAAUAUUUUGAGCAAUAUCAACAACGAUUGAGCAACUUGAUAGGGGCGGAACAGGCACAAAGCCGCGUAAACAAGGCACUUGUCCUCAUCACUCUUGGUGGUAAUGACUUCGUCAACAACUACUUCUUGGUCCCCGUUAGCGCCCGAAGACUCCAGUUCACUAUUCCAAACUAUUGUCGUUACCUCAUCUCCGAAUACCGAAAAAUCUUAUUGAGGCUAUACGAUUUGGGAGCAAGAAGGGCGUUGGUGACAGGUACAGGUCCGUUGGGUUGUGUUCCAGCAGAGCUAGCCCAGAGAGGGCGGAACGGUGAAUGUUCAGAUGAACUCCAAGAAUCCGCUGCCAUUUUUAAUCCCCUUCUCAUCGAAAUGAUUCAAAGUAUCAAUCAAGAACUCGGCUCCACCGUCUUUGUCGCGGUCAAUGCUGUCCAGAUGCAGAACGAUUUCAUCCACAAUCCUCAGGCUUAUGGUUUUACGACGUCAAAGAUAGCAUGUUGUGGACAAGGGCCAUUUAAUGGGAUUGGACUUUGUACACCUGCUUCGAAUUUGUGCUCAGAUAGAGAUGCUUAUGCAUUUUGGGAUGCCUUUCAUCCAUCAGAGAAGGCAAAUGCGAUCAUUGUGAGGGGUAUUUUGACAGGCACAGAUAAAUACAUGAUACCGAUGAACUUGAGUACCAUUAUGGCAAUUGAUUCAUUUCAUGUGUAGUAUGGUCCCCUCGCAUGCACUCCGCCCUUCCAAUUUAGCUUCAGAUAUAUUAUAUGUGUAUAUUUUCCAUCAUGCUUCUAUAAUAUGUUGACUACAAUAUAUUUCUAUUGUUCCCCGUUGUGGAUGGAUUAAGACUCCUGUAACAUUAAGAGAAAAAAGUGUACAACGCAUAGGUUUAGAGUUCUAUGUCUUGUCAUGUGUGAUUAUUAACAACAUACAUUUGCAAUUAUGCCUCUUAUGGCAAUCAAUCGUAUAUAUAUUCGUAAAUGUUGGUCUUUUUCAACAUUGAUGCGGUAAAUUCCAUAUUAUUUCAAUCUUCAUUUCAUGCAUACAAUUUGACUUUGGGAUAUAUUAUUGUUUUCAUGUCAUUCUUAAAAUUUGAGAACUUUAAGCUCACCAAUGGACGAGGGGCUCUCCCAAUGACACCUCAUUGACAACCUUGGAAACUUCUCCGGUCAAAGCCUAUACCUCGGUUGUAACUUGUAUUCAGAGGAGGUGCACCUCCAAUAGUAGCCUACAACCUCUUUGACAACAUUAGAAAGAAAGCAUAUCCACGCCUAGUUUGUCACCCGCCCAUGCAUGGACGAGAGCCUCUCCCCAUAUAUAGUCGAGGUUUCCUGCACAACAUCAAUUGAAGGCACUUUGUCCCCCCUCUAGACGACUCUUAUGUAGAACUUGGAGCACAUACUCAGGUCUAUACCAACUGUUCUAAAUACCGGACUAGUCGGAUCGAUUAAUCGAUCUAGUUGGCCUAGUCAGCCCUAACUAUAGAGCACUAAUCGACCUAGUCAGCC